CCAAACCCUUGGCUGUCGCUGAUCAGUCGAUCGGUCGCUUGUUGUAUGUGGGAAUGCCCAUGUUCGGAUCAAAGGUUUUAAAGCAGCAGGAUGCUUCAAUCUGUUUCACCUUGAUUUUCGUCAGGCCUGCAAGAGGCCUUGUUUUUUUUUUUUUUUUUUCGCAGCUGCCUGAUCAUGGGCGGCUGCCAGUCAAAUGUAGUUCAUCAAGAGAUUGAACCCUUCAUGGCUAUGUGGGUGUUGAAGGUUUCAGACUUCAUUAAGAUGGAGCUUCCAAUGCCGAAACAUGAGGAGUUGCUGGAAAGGGGUUUGCUGCGUCGACGCGAGCUGACUGACUACUGCAUCUUUGUGUCUCACCAAUGGAUCUCCACGACCCAUCCAGAUCCAGCCGGACAUCAGCUGAGGGUUUUGCAGCAAUGCCUCGUGCACAUUUGCGACCACCAACUUUCGAUCACCAACGAUGCAGCUUCGCAGUUCUUGGGGGAGAUGAAGAAGCUGUCCAAGUCGCAGCGAGACAAAGUCCGAAAGGCCGUCUUGUGGAUUGAUUGGGCCAGCAUUCCUCAAGUCGAGACCUUCCGGAACGAGGACGAUGAGGAGGACGAGAUUUGCCAGCUCAAGCGCGAGCGAUCCUCCAGGACCUUCGUUUACCGGAGCCCAGCUUCACCCAAGCGAGUGUCGGAACAGGAGGAAUUCAUCCUCUCCCUUCCCUCGUUCGUUCAGGCGAGCCAAGUCUUUGUUGCGUUGGUGCCUCCGCUGCGGCACCUUGACACUGGGCAAAUUUGCGACUAUCUCAGCUGGAUCACGCGAGGAUGGUGCAGAACUGAGAUGUUUUGCAAGAUGAUGUUGGGAAACCAGGACAUGCCCAUCGUCAUCGUGUCGGCUUCUGAUCUCGCUCAUUAUGCAAGACCCGCGAACUGGGUUGACUGGCUUCCUCAUGAAGGUGAAUUUUCAUAUCCUGGUGACAGACCGGUGGUGAAAGGCAUCUUCGAGCAAGCAAUCUCCCAUCAACUGUGCUUCCUUGAAGGUGAAAGGCGUAUGGAUCUGUUCCGCUACUUUCUUGCUCGGCGAGAAGUCAUGACCGGACUACGUCCUGUGCGAAGAACCAUGAGCAAAUUUCUUGACGACUUUUGCUAUGGAUCACUGGAGAGGAGUCAAAGAUCCAAAUUUGGUCCUGUGAUUAUUGCAGCUCUUGCAGGGGAUGUCGAGUUGCUGAAAUCGCUCUUGGAGGCUCGCUGCUCCAUGGAGAAGCGAUCGCCUGCGAUGCCAGCAGUGGGCAUUGACGGAAACCUAACACCAUUACAUUUGGCUUUGAUGCAAGGGUGGCGUUCUCCCAAAGUGAUUGAAAUCCUUAUGGAAGCCCAAGCGGAUCCCAACCUUCCUGCUAUCGGAGUUCCCCCUUUGGCAUGUUGUCGCACUGCCAGGGAUGUCCAGACUCUGCUUGAAUACAGGGCGGACGUCAAUGGACACUAUGCCCCACUUCAUGUUCCAGUUCUGGCUUUGGCAAGUGGCGAGAGCCCUCCAGAGGUCAUUGCCAAGCUCUUACAGUCUCGUGCCAGUCCAAAUGCCCCAGGGCGAUCUAGUGGGCUUGGCAUGUCUCCCUUGAGUUUCCUUGCAAUCACCGCCAAUUCGAACCCCCACGCUUUGCCAAUCGCGCAGCUCUUGGUGGCAGCGACCGCCGAUCUCAAUGCCCAAGUGCGUUGUGGUGGGAUCUUCCGCGCACUGGAGCUCUUGAGCAGGGCGUAUUUGCAGAUUGCGACUCCACGUUCAGUCCUGAUGAUGGCCAUGGCUGAGCAGAGCACAACUCCCUUGGGCUUUGCGUGCCUGUUUGACUGCCAGCAGCUGGUGAACUUCUUGCUGGAUGCUCGAGCAGACGCGGAGGUGCGCAAUUCUCGGGGUCAUCGUCCCAUCGAUUUGGUCCAGUCACAGGAGAUCGCACAAGUUUUGCGCGAGCACCUCGAACAUGCUGAAGACCGCCACGAAGACCGCCACGCACUCCCAGCAGCACACCACGUUGGCUCCGUGUUGCCUGCAUCUCAUCAACAUUUGUCCACUCUUCAGUGCUCUGAAGGCUCGCGUCGCCCCAUGACCAUCACAAGCCUUUGACCACUCAUUUCGCUAGCACGGUGCACAUGCUGCCCUUUGGCAUGUAAUUUAAUUAACAUGGGAUCAAAGCUGAUGCACAGCUUGGCUUUAUCCACGUGGUUUCACGAUGCUUGAAACUACUUGAGGCAACAUUCGCAGGGUGGCCCCCCAGGUCAAAGUCGACACGUUGAC